AUGGCAUUGACGACGCACGUCGCGAAGUCUGUGGCGUUUGCUACGCCGUACCAGCUAGACCCAGAACAAACAUUGAAAGCAUCUCAAGCACUGCUCGCCCAUCUCCGAACUGAGACGAAGAAGUUACAGUCCAGUACUACGAAGAGGGAAUUACUCAAGACUGACGACUCAGAGUCGGAAUCCGAGGCCGCCGAUAGCGAGCAAGCGCCAAUAUGGCUCACGCUGACCACCAAACAACACAUCAUCGACAAGAACCGUCUGCGACCGACGAAGAUCGCAGUCCCACACUCUCUCAACGCAUCACCCAACCUCACCAUCUGCAUAAUAUCUGCUGAUCCGCAACGAGCACUCAAGAAUGCUGUGGCAGAUGACUCUUUCCCGAAACCUGUGUCCGAUCGUAUCACUAGGAUCGUGGGCUUCGAGAAGUUGAAGUCAAGAUACAAGUCUUUCGAGCAGCGUCGAGCACUGCGCGAUGAGCACGAUAUUUUCCUGGCAGACGAUCGCAUCAUUAGCCGGCUACCGGAAGCGCUCGGCAAAGUCUUCUACAAAGGCACAUCGAAGCGACCCAUUCCCGUCGAUAUUGCGGUGCACGAUCGACAGGACGGCAAGCGUGUCAAAACCAGCAAGGGCAAGAACGACUCGAAGAUCCAGGCCAAUAACGUUGCAUCGCCACAGAUCAUUGCGAAGGAGGUCAGUCGUGCCAUCAGCGCAGUCCCUGUGAAUCUGAAGCCAGGCACAAGCACAGCUGUCCGCGUUGGCCUUGCAUCUUUCACGCCGGAGCAGCUUGUCGAGAACAUCAAUGUCGUGGUCCAGCGCGUAAUUGAGAAUCACGUUGCUAAGGGGUGGCGGAACGUCAAGUCCAUCCACGUCAAGUCUCCGACGUCAACAGCACUGCCAAUCUGGCUUGCCGAUGAGUUAUGGGCUGACCAGGACAAUGUGGAAGCUGUGGGGGCUUACGAGGAGGGCAAAGGUGCACAGCAGGCUUCGCUGCAAGACGCGUCGCAGAAGAGGAAGCGUUCGCAGCAUACUAAGAAAGGACCGCAGACUGGUCAGCGAAAGAGAGCUAGAUUGUCUGAUGUGGAAGGCCAAUCGUUGUCGGCAGAAAAGGCAAAAGCGUUCUCAGAAGCCACAAAGGCUGUGAUGGUCUGA